GGAAUUCUGCUGUGCAGGAGGAGAAGGAAGGAGAGAGAGGAGAGAAAAAGAACCGCCAUCAGUGUCCUCCUGAUGUUCCAUCAACUGUAACAGACGAGCCGGACCCCACGACAGCAAGCAGCCUCCCCAGGACAGCCAGGCUUCCCCGCCCCCAAGAACUGAGGGCCAUGGACCUCUCGGACAGCGACCGGCCCAUCAGCUUCGGCUCCACGUCCUCCUCGGCCUCUUCCCGGGACAGCCAUGGCUCCUUCGGCAGCCGCAUGACCCUGGCUUCCAGCAGCCACCUGGGCCUGUUCACCCAGGACAAGGAAGCAGGGGCCAUAAAACUGGAGCUGGUUCCCACCCAGCCCUUCUCCAGCAGCGAGCUGCCCAGAGCUGACCCAGCCGGGCCUCGGGGCUCGGAGGGCAGCGGAGAGAGACAGCUCAGGGUGCUGCGCAGAGCGGAGGCCAGCGCCGAGUGCUCCCCAAGCCCCAAACUCCUCUACGUGGACCGAGUGGUGCAGGAAAUCCUGGACACAGAGAGGACGUAUGUGCAAGAUCUCAAGAGCAUCGUAGAGGAUUACCUGGACUGUAUCAGGGACCAAACCAAGCUGCCUCUGGGCGAAGAGGAGCGAGCCGCCCUUUUUGGCAACAUCCAGGACAUCUACCACUUCAACAGUGAACUGCUGCACGAUUUGGAAAGCUGCGACAGUGACCCUGUGGCCAUCGCUGAGUGUUUCGUGUCCAAGAGUGAAGAUUUCCACAUCUACACCCAGUAUUGCACCAACUACCCCCGGUCGGUGGCGGUGCUGACCGAGUGUAUGAGGAACAAGAUGCUGGCCAAGUUCUUCCGGGAGCGGCAGGAGGCUUUGAAGCACUCGCUGCCCCUGGGCUCCUAUCUCCUGAAGCCGGUCCAGCGGAUCCUCAAGUACCAUCUCCUCCUGCACGAAAUAGAAAACCACCUUGACAAGGCCACCGAGGGCUACGACGUGGUGCUGGACGCCAUCGACACCAUGCAGCGCGUGGCCUGGCACAUCAACAACAUGAAGCGCAAGCACGAGCACGCUGUGCGCUUGCAGGAGAUCCAGAGCUUGCUCACCAACUGGAAGGGGCCGGACCUGACCAGCUACGGGGAGCUGGUGCUCGAGGGCACCUUCCGGCUGCAGAGGGCCAAGAACGAGCGGACGCUCUUCCUCUUCGACAAGCUGCUGCUCCUCACCAAGAAGAGAGAGGACACUUUCACGUACAAAGCUCACAUCCUGUGCGGUAACCUCAUGCUGGUGGAAGUGAUCCCUAAAGAGCCGCUUAGCUUCAGCGUCUUCCACUACAAGAACCCCAAGCUGCAGCACACUGUGCAGGCAAAAUCCCAGCAGGACAAGCGCCUGUGGGUGCUGCACCUGAAGAGACUGAUCCUAGAGAACCACGUGGCGAAGAUCCCGGCAAAGGCCAAGCAAGCACUACUUGAAAUGGACGCUAUUCACCACCCAGGUUUCUGUUACAGUCCUGAGGCAGAGUCGAAGGCAGGCUGCUCGAAAGAAGGGUCCACUCCAUAUCGGCUCAGAAGAAAAUCGGAGCCGUCUUCAAGAUCCCAUAACGUUUUGAAGACCAGUGAAACUACCCAGGACAUCCAGAAGGCAUCCAGAGAGGACAGGGCUCCCCGACUGAGCUCAGCAGGGGCCCCUCCCGCCCAGAGGAACAGCCAGCCCAGCAGCUCCACCCUCCUGAGCGUGCUGGGCGCGGGGGCUGCCAUGAGGAACAUCUGGACCGACCACCAGAUCCGGCAAGCCUUGUUCCCCAGCCGGCGGUCCCCACAGGAGGACGACGACGACGACUACCAGAUGUUCGUGCCCUCGUUUUCCUCUUCAGACUUGAACUCCACCAGGCUGAGCGAUGACAGCGCUUCUAGCCGCCCGUGCAGCUGGCAUAUGGGGCAGAUUCAGCCCCCUGAGCCCCCCGGCUCGGGCCACAGGGUGGUGCGGAGGGCCAGCAGUGCGGGCGAGAGCAACACGUGCCCCCCUGAAAUAAGAGUCAGGGACAGCGAUGGCUCUCAGUACAGCGCCCGGAGGGACCGGCAGAACGGCCCCGCCGCCGCCACCACCACCGCUGGGCAGGACGGCUCUUCCAUCGAGCUGACCAUUGACGACAUAGACCACGUCUACGACAACAUAAGCUAUGAGGACUUGAAACUGAUGGUGGCCCAGCGAGAAGAGGCCGAGUGCACUCCCCGCAGGCCCACCAAGGACGCCGUUCGCCCCCAAAGCACCCUGGAGCUCACCUCGUCCCAGAGGCUCGCCGGCCGGGAUGGCGGCGCUCUGCACGCGAGCAGACGGGCGCCGAACCUCAGCGCCCACGACCUCAAGGAGGGGGAAGAAAACAUCUACGACACCAUCCGGCUCCCCGGGGCGCCGGCGCUGGGCUUCAGGUGCAGCAGCCUCCAGCGGCCCCGGAGGAGCACCUUCCUGGGCCCGGAGGCCGACUUCGCGCGCUGCGACGGCCUGAGGUCCCCCUUCGUGUCCCAGGACAGCCUGCAGUUCAGCGAGGACGAGGCGCCCGGCGGCCCGCAGGCCGCCCCCGAGGACGACUACCUGGGCCUGCUGGACCGGCCCCGCGGCGCCGCGCCGCCCGCGUCGGACAAGCUGUCGGAGGAGGUGGACGCCAUCUGGAACGACCUGGAGAACUACAUCAAGAAGAACGAGGACAAGACGCGCGAGCGCCUGCUGGCCGCGUUCCCCGUCUGCAAGGAGGACGUGGCGGGCCGGCCGCUCGCGGGGAGCACGCCCGCGCUGAGCCGGAGCGCCGCCCGCGCCACGUCCACGCUCUCGCUCCCCGAGAGCCGGGCCUGCCCGGGGCCCGUCCAGCACGGAGGCCUGAUCGCCGCCGCCGAGGGCUCCUUCGGGAGCCUCGGCCGUCUGCCGCUGGCCGGCCCGCCGCCGCCCGCGGAGAGUCCCGACGACCCGGCGCAGGCCGACGCGGAAGCCGCCGAGGCCGCGGACAAGACCAAGAGCCGGGUGUUCCUGAUGGCCAGGCAGUACAGCCAGAAGAUCAAGAAGGCGAACCAGCUGCUGAAAGUCAGGAGCCCCGAGCUGGAGCCGCCGCCGCCGCCGCCGCCGGCCGGUCUGCAACACAGCUCGGUACACAGGGACCUGGCCGCCAUCCUGGAAGAGAAGAAGCAAGGCGGGGCUGCCAUAGGUGCCAGGAUUGCUGAGUAUUCCCAACUGUACGAUCAGAUUGUGUUCAGAGACUCCCCCCCGAAGGCCCAGAAGGAUGGCUGGGCCGGCCAGCAAGCCUCCCCCAGCCUCCGAUCAACCCCCCCUUGCCAGGCUCCACUCGGCCCUGAAGACUGGCUUUUGCACUCCACCUAUAGUAAUGGAGAAUUAGCAGACUUCUGGCCCCAGCCAGGGCACAACUCCAAGUUCAAAUAUUCCACUGUCGACACCCGUUCCAAGAGUGCCCCAAGACAGCUGUCCACUGCCUGCUCCGUGCCUUCUCUCCAAACCACGGACCCUCUGCCGGACUCCCACCAGAGACGUGGUGUGAUUGCGAGCCAGCCCGCCAAGGAGAAGGCCGGUCAGGGCCCCGGUUACAGCUCCCUGGGCCGCAAAGGAAGUGGCGCAUCACCCCAGCCUUACCACAGGUCUCAGUCCUCCUCCUCCAUCCUGAUCAGCCAGUCGGCGGACUCCAUCAGCUAUACAGAUGAGCCGGGGAGGCAGCCGCUGCCAGAUCUGCCUCUGGGUAGUGCCGACCCCGGGAAACGCCCGGAGCUCACGCUCCAAGACUCGCAGAAAGUUCUGGUCGUGAAUAGGAAUCUCCCCUUGAGUGCCCACCUCGCUACCCAGCACUACUUUUCCAACUUCAAGGAGACGGAAGGAGAUGAAGAUGACUACGUGGAGAUCAAGUCCGAAGAAGAGGAGGCUGAGGUGGAGCUCGUUUGGGGUCGGAGAAGGCAGUCGGACCCGCAGAUAGCCAUGGAAGCUACGUCCGGUGGAAAUGACCUCGGCAGUCACGCCCCCCACUCCUUAAGCAGCCCGUGUACCCCCAAAAAGACGGUCCACAGCCCGUUCGGCCUGCCGCCCUACCUGACAGCCUGCAGUGAGUCUGACAAGCUGGAUGGCUAUGUCUGGAGGGGACCAUCUCCCAACCAACAAAAUAUCGUGCAGUCGCUGCGGGAAAAGUUUCAGUGUCUCAGUUCAAGCAGCUUUGCCUGACCUGCUUGCUAAGCAGCUGCCUGAAUUGACCUUUUCCUGGGCCCGUAAAGUCCAGACACAGAUGAAGGGGGUUUACAUGUACCAGGUGAAAGCAGUUUUUUAACACCCGACCGACCGACCGACCGACUGACCCGGACGUGUACGGCACUCCCCUCCACAGCACGACAUUGUGACUGGCAGCUGCAGCCAGGAUGGCCCCGUACCAGGUGUUGACAUCCAAGAAUCUGCUGCCUUCGAUACUGGGUGCCUGCCUGCCGGCUUCAUGUAAGGCAAGCUUGCCUGACUGUGCUGAGGCUUUUUGUUUGUUAGUUUCAUGUGCCAGCCAUGGUCCUCUUUGUUUCCCCUUCCCUAGCCUGACCACAAGGUCCAGAUGUUAGAAAACACCUUCAUCCCCUGUGUCGCCUCUGGAAGCCAGGAGUGGCUUUAUCCUUAGACUCAGAGAGAGCAAGGAGGCUUGUUCCAUUGGGUUCCCAGGGAAGGAAACUAAAGUUGGAUUAAGAACCCUGCCUCGUCUGGCAUCUCCGGUAUGUUCCGGGGAAGAUCCUAGGACACUGUCAGCCCGAGUGCUCCACCUGGACAUGCCCGUUUCAGGAUCUCCGUGGCGGUGCCCUACCUCCCUUCUUCAUGCUGCAGAACCCACGUGACUGAUGAAGAUGGGGAUGCAGCAGGACCAGUUUGCUCGACUCAAGGAGCCUCACCUGUUGCUGGACAAGGCCUGGAUAAUGUGCUGCUCCUGUUGUUUGUUUGAUGAUUUCUGGGGUGAAAGGAAUGCAUUCCAACCCGUAGCCUAAAAAAUAAGUAAGUUAAUCAUCCUGAUGACUGUAGGGCAGAUUGAGCGAGUUAGGAGAAAAGGUGGGGAGACACCUGGGACAGGGUGUAGUUUCUCCUCCUGUGACAGUUAAGGAAGAUUUAACACACCAACCCACGCAAAGGGAGCCAGGAGCUAAAACAGGCCAACGUUCUCCGCGGCCGCUGGUUUUCCGAAGGCCUGGCAUGAGUCCUGCAUCCAGCCCACAGGGCCUCAUUCCUGUUCUGAGGAAUCACUGACUGCAGGGAGGUGGCAAGAGUUUUGUUUGCUGUACAGGACACAGCCUGGGGGAGCCUUUUCCAGUGUUUUGAGACAGAGACAAGGGCAGGCUCGUCUUUGGUUACUACGGUUUUUUUUGUUUGUUUGUUUUGGUUUUUGGGGGGGUUUUUUUUGGUUACUACGUUUUAAUGAACGGCAGCAUCUUUGAGUGUUGGGACUCUCUCCUGAGGAAAGGAGCAGAGAAACAAAGGCAAGUUUAAAAAAAUUAAAUUAAAAAGCAAAGGCAUUAAAGGAUAAAAAAAAAAGAAUUAUGGCUGCUUUCUAAAAGAUCCUGUUUUAUUGAUGAGGCCACUUAUUGCGGCAAGAACGUUCCUGUCUUUGUCUUUUGUCUUCGGGCAGUUUUACAUCUCCUGGCCCCUCUCGCCCCUCUCCGUCUUAAGAGAAGUCCAUGUGAGGGGUCGGGAGCUGCCUUUUUGUUGACCUGUAAACAGUGAUUUACAUCAGUGACCUCUUACCAAAGCUUCCUCCCCUUUUAAAUCAUCUUCCUCUUGUUCUUAACAUAAUACAUGGCCAUCCUCACAAGUAGGUACCUAAGGAAUUCUUUUUUUUUUUUCCCAAUAACCAAAAUAUGGCCCCAAUUUCUUCUCCAAACGAUUCUUUCUUCUAGUAGUUUAAAGACCAAAACCAGUACUGGGUAGAUCGCAUGGUUCUUCUAGAAACAUCCCUGCUUUUCAUUUCCUUCCUUUCAAUAUCAUGCAAGUUUUUUUAAGAUUCAUAUCUGGAAUGGGAGGGGUAUGUCUUUAGCAUUCUGAGAGGUAAUUGUAAAUGCUUUUGCAUUAACUUAAAAAAUAAAAUAAAAUUCACCGAAACCUCCUUGCCCUAGGAAUGCACUUUUCUACAUUAGUUUUUACUUUACGGGACCCAGGUUCUGUGCUCUCCACAUCACUGCUCUGUCCUCAUCUCAGAAGUGGUGUUCUCUCCUCAACCGUGGCUGCUCGGCUGUGCCCUGGGAGUGCGCUCCCUGAUCACAGUGGACGUCAGACUGUCCCGGAACAGACCUGUCUGCUAAUCAAUCACCAGUAACUUCGUUCAGCCAGGAUGCAGGGUUUGGAGCUGUGUGUACCUACAUAAUUACAUUCGUAUUUUUCCUCAAAGUUACGGUUUUGUUUAAAAUG